AUGUACAAAAUGAGAGAUCUCUGUAUUCCCGCUUAUUUCAAAGAAUGCUCCUCCUCUGGAUUGAUGAGGACUACAUCAAGAUCUGUAGCUGAAAAUUAUCUUUACGAGCUACUCUCUAACUCAGAUUCGCAUUUGAUUGAAUUUUCAACUCAUUUUAAGACUGCAUUAGAAGGACAAAGAUGCGUUCAAAGAAAAAAUGAUCAUGACUCAAGAUACACAAAACCGGAUUUUAAAAUUGGAUUAAAGCUUGAAGUUGAAGCAACUGAAUUCUUCACAAGAAAUGUUUUCUUUGAUAUUCAAUCAGAGAUUCUUGCAUCAAUGGUUAGUUGCAUGUCAAUAAGAUGA